AUGUCAGGCCCGCUGGAUCGGUUCGCCAGGCCUUGUUUUGAAGGAUUUUAUGGUAGUGAUGAGAGAAGAGAGAGGAAGUCUGACUUUGAGAACUCCGAGGAUGAACGCAGGACUAGAAUUGGGACUCUGAAGAAGAAGGCAAUAAACGCAUCUACCAAAUUCAAACAUUCUCUCAAGAAAAAGGGCAGUAGGAGAAAAAGUGAUGGCCGAGUCAGCUCUGUUUCCAUUGAAGAUGUUCGUGAUGUUGAAGAGCUGCAGGCUGUUGAUGCCUUUCGACAAGCACUAAUUAUGGACGAAUUGCUGCCCGAGAAGCAUGAUGAUUAUCAUAUGAUGUUGAGGUUCUUGAAAGCAAGGAAAUUUGAUGUUGAAAAAGCAAAGCAUAUGUGGGCUGAUAUGCUUCAAUGGAGAAAGGAGUACAGUGCCGACACUAUUAUGGAGGAUUUUGAGUUCAAAGAGUUGAAUGAAGUUCUAAAAUAUUACCCUCACGGGCAUCAUGGCGUGGAUAAGGAGGGAAGACCGGUUUACAUUGAAAGGUUGGGUAAAGUAGAUCCCAACAAACUAAUGCAGGUUACCACUAUGGAUCGGUAUGUGAAAUACCAUGUUCAGGAGUUUGAGAAAAGCUUUGCAAUAAAGUUUCCAGCUUGCACCAUUGCUGCGAAGAGGCACAUAGAUUCAAGCACUACAAUUUUAGAUGUUCAAGGCGUGGGCUUCAAGAAUUUUACAAAGUCUGCGCGAGAUUUAAUUACGCGGUUGCAGAAUGUUGAUGGUAACAAUUACCCUGAGACCCUGUGGCAAAUGUUCAUCAUUAACGCUGGUCCUGGAUUUAGGCUUCUAUGGAACACUGUAAAGACUUUUCUCGAUCCUAGAACAACAUCAAAGAUUCAUGUUCUUGGAAACAAAUACCAGAACAAGUUGCUUGAGAUAAUAGAUGCCAGUGAGUUGCCAGAGUUUCUGGGCGGCAGCUGUACCUGUGCAGAUCAGGGAGGUUGCCUUCGAUCUGAUAAGGGGCCAUGGAAAAACCCUGAGAUACUGAAGAUGGUUCUUAAUGGUGAAGCACGACGUGCAAGGCAAGUUGUUAAAGUUCUAAACAGUGAAGGGAAGGUUCUUGCUUAUGCUAAGCCACACUAUCCAAUGGUAAAGGGUAGUGAUACAUCCACUGCUGAGUCAGGAUCUGAAGCGGAAGAUAUUGCAUCCCCAAAAGCUUUGAAGAAUUAUUCACAUCUUCGAUUGACUCCUGUUCGUGAAGAGGCCAAGGUCGUUGGCAAGGCAAACUGUGCAGGUAGCUUCUCGGGUUAUGAUGAAUAUGUUCCUAUGGUUGACAAAGCUGUUGAUGCUGGUUGGAAAAAGCAAGUGGCCCUCCAGAGAAUCCAUGCUGCCAAAGGGACACUUCAACAACCUGACAUCCCCACAAAUCCAGAAGGAAUUCGAGGUCGGGUUUUGGUAGCACUUAUGGCCUUCUUCCUGACUUUUCUCACUCUCUUCCGCUCAGUGGCUUCCCGAGUAACUAAGAAGCUUCCUAACACAUUGGAUAUCACGAUCAAACUAGUGGAGCUUGAGGAGAAGGUUGACAUGCUCCAAGCUAAACCGUCUGAGAUGCCUUAUGAGAAAGAGGAAUUGCUGAAUGCUGCUGUUUGUCGUGUGGAUGCCUUGGAAGCAGAGUUAAUUGCUACUAAAAAGGCUCUACAUGAAGCUUUAAUGAGGCAAGAAGAGUUGUUGGCUUAUAUCGACCGGCAAGAAGAAGCCAAGCUCCAGAAGUGUUGCCUGAUGGAGAGAGACUCUACCAAAACGGGAUUUGCUAAGCUGUUUCUCGAAGUGUGA